GUUACACAUAUAAGCAUGGAAUAUGUACAUAUUUUGAUCCCUGCUGAAGCAAUGUCGGCCAUAGCAACUGACAACAGCGGUUGCUAUGGAGACAUAACUUUUGGCGUCCCGCAUAAUCCUCACCAGCCAGAGAUGGCCCUGACAAUGACGGACGAUACCGGGGGAAGCAAGGACGAUGAGGCCGGUGUCCCCUCUAUACAGAAGCUGAGCUCGCUGCCCUGGGACGCGGAGACGGAGAACCGGCUGCUGAGGUCCCGGUUGGACGAGCAGUCACAGCUCAUCUGCAUGCUGAAGCGGAGGGCGGAUGACACGCUGCUGCAGUGCCAGGGCCUGGAGGAGGAGAACCGGGAGCUGCAGAGACGGUGCACGGAUGCGGGGAGCGCGCUGGCCGCAGAGAGGACGCGGGGGGACCGGCUGGAGGACAGAUUCGGGACACUGGCCGCCAACCAUCAGGACAUGAUCCGCUUCAAAGACGAAUACAAGCGGCAGAACAAGGCGCUGCGGGAGGAGUGUCAGAGCCUGCGUGACGGCAAGUACCUAGAGCUGCUGGAGAGGGACCGGGACAUCCAAGAGCUGCGGGCCCAGCUACAGACUGCGGUCACCGAGCUGGGUCCAAUGCAGAAGAGAGUGGAUGAGCUGCUGGGGCGGGAGGAGAGCAGGAUCCAGGAGCUGCACCUCUUACAGCGGAGACUGGAGGAUUCCGAGACAACCUGUCACCAAGUAAAGGAGGACUUGUGCCGUUUGGAGGAAGUACGGAGGACUGAACAAAAGGAUGCUGAAAAGAAAGUGGAUGAGUUAAGUAAAGAGAAGCAAGAUCUUCUGCAUCUAUGCAUGGAGAGAGGACGUCUCUUACAAGAACAUCAGAGAGAAGCAGCUGAGCUUACUAAUCGUCUACAGAGUGCCCAAAAGGCAAUCAGAGACGCUGAGGAGAGGUUCCAGAGAGACGUAACAGCUGUCGAUGCUGAUGCCAGAAUAGUACAACUAAAUACAAGACUGGGAAAUAGUGAGAAUGAAUUGGGGCAACUGAGGAGAGAGUUUGAAGCCUACAAAAAACAUAGUGGAGAACUGCUAGCCAAGGAGAGGGAUCUGAAUGCUAAACUCCGGCAUUUGAUUGGCUAAUCGCACAGUCAUUAGUAUUAUUAAUAUUAGUGUAUUUGUAUAGUUUCUAUAUUUUUCUGUUUAAAUAGUUUUAAAUGCAUAUUUUGUAGUCAUAAAUUUAUUUUUAUAUCCUUUCCAUAUAUUGAACAUUUUAUCUCUUUUUAGAAAAAUACAGAUUUUUGUAGAGACUUUGUAACUAAAAGAUUAAACUGAAUCUUUCAUGUAAAUGUGAUUCUACUGCAAUCAAGUUUUUUGAGGAAUUACGUUAAAUAUAGUUUUUCUUAACGUCAUUCAGUCUCAAUAGCGGAUCUAUUUGUACUCGUCUGUGCUGUGAUAAUUUCAGCUGUUUGCUAAACGCUGCAUAAUGUUUUUCCAGCUAAAAAGAUAAGGAAAAAAAU